CUUGUGUACUACUAGUUCUUUUUAUUGUUUCGGAAAAAUGAAAUGCAAGCGCGAGAAGCGCAAGUAGUACCCUGUGUGUACCUGUAAGGUCGUGAAGUACCAUCAGAGUCUGCGACACAGAAAAUGAGUCGAGCUUCUCCAGACCUCGAGGCUCCGCUCCUUCUGGUUCGAAACGAUGGACCGCCGGUGAAAGGACCUGCUGGUGUUGCUGUCCAGUCUAAGUCUCAGCUUGCGCAGCAGAACCCAACGCGUCUGAGCAUCGAUUGGAGCAGCACGACGGGACUGCGGGGCCUGUGCGCGGUGCAGAUCAUGGUGGGUCACUUUUUCUUCGGCAUGGCGCCGCGGAGCUUGCGACAAGUGUGCAACGAUCCCGGGGUGACCGACAAGGCGUACGCUGUGAUAGUCGCCAUGGAUCAGCCGGUAGCGCUGUUUUUCCUCCUGAGCGGCCUUCUGUACGGCGUUCUCUACUACGACAAGCUGGACUGGAUACAACCCGUUUUUAGUAGCAGCUCGCAUGAUAAAAACCAGCCCCAACAACGACCUGAAUCAACAAGUUCAAAAAAGACCAACUAUGAAGUCUGGAAGACAUUCACACAACGGCGGUUUGCGCGUUUGGCUCCUGCAUGGUACGUGGCUCUCCUGUGUAUGAUGCCGUUUUACCUGCCGGACGAGAACCUCCGACCGCAGCGAACGAAGGUCGAAGGCACGUUGACGGCGGUGACGUUUUUGCAGAGCGUGCUGGGCCCGCCCGACGGGUUUCCUCACGUCAUUCCGCCACCGCACGGCCCCGGCUGGCAAAUCUCCGCCUUCAUGCUCUCCUACGCCUGCUUACCGCCGGUGUUUUGGCUGUUCAAACGGUACAUCUACAUGCUCUAUGUAGUAUAGCAGGUUUUUGAAGAGUACAAGUGGUACUUUUUGUCUAAGUUCGAUUGAAACAAAUGAAUUUGAUGAAAGUCACGUUUUGUUUCAUGCAUGCUUGGAUCUUGAUCCGCUUUGUUUCAUUCUCUUACCGCCAGGUUGCCAGACGUUGCCUUAGCUUUGCUGAUCGUCGCGCUUUUCGGUGUGAGCCUGGGGGUGAUGCAGCUUUGCCUGUACUGGAUUCCGAUCGGUUUUGUGCACUCCUUUUUCUUCGCUCGUUUCCCGAACGUCAUGAUGGGCGUAGCGCUGGGGAUGCUAGCCAAAAGACGGGUCUGUCCGGAGAAGCGCACGCACCAGGAGAGUUUUAUUUGGUCGGCGUUCGACAGAAUGUCAAUACUGUCGACUUCUCUACCCACGAAUAAAACAAGCCUCGUCAGUGAAAAACGGAAGUGGCUUCUGGACGGCUGCUUCGCAAUCUACGUGUGCUACAAUGCGGGGUAUGUGCCCUUGACGCAUUACGACGGGGACAUCUGGCUUCAGUUCUACCUGCUGCCGCUGUAUUGCGUCUGGCUCUGGUGGCUCGUCGUGGUUGUGGAUAACACAAAAGGCAAAGAGAUUUUGGAGCCCCCGCAGAGGAGCAGUGCGAUGAUCACAUCGGGCGGAGAGAAGAACUCGACGUCUUAUUCCAGUACGAUAUCGGAACAAGCUCAAGCUGCAAGAAAGCCCACUGUUGUCGAGACUGUUUUGACGUCAGAAUGCCUGCAAACUACUGGGGAUUGGUCUUACGUGUUGUACUGUUUCCACUGGCCGACCUACUACUUCGCUACUUGGUUACUCUCUGGGUUCUCGACGGAAUUCAUCUGGCAUCGCUGCUUGAUACUCGCGCAAGGCAAUGGCUGCUUCGGAAUGGAGUACUGGCAUUUGCCGAUUGCCGUCGGCCUCUGCUUUUGUUUCUCCGGGUUUUUCUCGAUCUACGUCGAGGACCGAAUACGGAAAAAGAUUGACGCCGUUUUGGGAUAGGAAGAUGAAGUGAGCACUCGUUUAUUUGUUUUCAAGUGUAAACACUCGACAAUAUCGAUGUAACUAGUCGAUUGAGCAUUUCUUAUUCAAACAUAAGCAACUACGCGCACAGGCAGAUCUACUGAAUAAAGUCAUAUCAUACGAAAAACGAGUGGCACGUAGUCAUGAAAGUGAUGUUUCGCUAUGGCUCGAAGCAUUCUUUUUCACCAAACCAAAAUGUAUAAAAAGUGAAACAGCAGACAGAGUUUCUAAAAUCCAAGUUUUUCGUGGGCGAUGGCGAUUGCGAAGAAGAGAAGGCAGCACCUCUCGCUUCCAGCUGUCCCGCCUUGCCCGGUAUUGGACCUCGUUUUAUGGAACGGCUCCUA